AGCGUCGAGUCAACGGCAGCAGACAACAACACAACAUCUUAUUAACGUUUGACUCAUGUUUUUAACGUUAGCUUAUUUUGUAAUAAUGGAGAUAAUAUCAGUGUUUACACCCAGCUUGUAGGAAGGAAAGGACGGAGCAUUGUUGCCGAUAUGGUUUUAAAGUUUAUUUAAGGUUUCGAUAGCUUUUUUGAAGGUUUGGCUAGCUAACCUAGCAUUGGUGUUAAUUUCUUAUGUACAUUAACAGCGCAUGGAUUCAACGAAGAACAGGAAGGCUGCUACAACUGCCGUUAUCCACGAGCUUUUCAGAGUCACCGUUAAAGCCAACCAACAGAGGCCGGACUCCCUCCUCCACCCAUGAAUGUAUGACUGCAACUGAAAGUAGUUUGCAAAGAUAAGUGCUAGUAUGGAGGAAAAGAGAAGAGAUGGAGACGGACUGGUACCUGGAGGUGGCUGAGCGCGGUCCACGCUGCAGGAAGUAGGGAGACGAAACUGAAUCCCUGCAAGGAGCAAGCAACACCAGUUAGAGAGGACAGAUGCAGCCAGUGAGAGGAAAAGUUUGGGAACGUCGGGGCAGGGAAGUUGGCUCGAGAACAGGACCGCAAUACUCCUCCUGGUGUUUGGAAGAGGAUGGGAGCAGGGUUGGAGGGAGAGGCUUCUGCAGAGACCGGUCCGGGAGGAGUAAUGUUCUGCCAGUGCUCGCAAUUCCCACCGGUCUAAUCGAGGGAGCUAGUAGUUUUCCGUGGUGUUACAAACUGCCGAGUGAGUACCAUACUGCUGCGAAGAGUGCCUCUGUCCAUCCAUGUCUGACGCCGACAUCGACUGACAAAGCAGCGGUAUUCUGACAAGAAGGCAGUGAGCCUCACACAACAGAGGACGCAGCGAAGGACACUGGGGUAGACUGUCCAGAUACCCACCCCAGCUGGAUCAUGGGUAACCAGACUGGCAGAGAAAGUCAUGGCACUACAGGUUCUCCUUUAGAUUUCUUCCACACGCCUCCCACCACACCCUCAGAGGCAGAGCUGACUGCCAUGGCCUUAUCCUCUGCAGCUUCCUCCAGUAAGGCACAGACACCGUCACCAGCCGGCAGCGCCACCCCCUCCACCACCUCUCCACUGGCAGAAUGGACACAGAAACUGUCUGCUCCCUCAGAAUGGGCUGUGAUAAGCGUGGACAGUGUCAGCUCAGAGACAAAAGUGAGCGAUGCAGCAGGGAGGCACGGGAAGGCAGCAGGCAGCCCGGUCAGCCCGGCGUCCCUGCCUGCGUCCAGAGGAUCACCUUCAGAGCAGAGCUGGCAGGAGCGGGACAGUGGACUGGAGCCACAGGCUGCAGCAGAGAGAGCCGGAGAGGAGAUGACCCUGGUUUUACUCAGUCUGAUGGAGCACUACAGGGCCUCACUGGGCCUGUCACCCAACACUGAUGUCACGACAGGAGCAGUUGAGCUGCUCAGGCGCUUGAUAACAGAGAGAGAUGAGCUGGUGGAGGAGGUGGACACACUGAAGGAGACACUCAGGACUGAGAGGUCGGAGUGGCAUCAGUUCCAGUGCGACCUGCAAGUUGCGGUGUCUGUGGCCGACAGGCUGCGGGUGGAGUCGGACCAGGCUCUGGGUUUGCUCCAAGAGAGCCACAGGGCCGUGGAGGAGCAGCUGGCCCAGGCCCUUAGCAGACAGCAGGACACGGACAGGGAGCUGGAGAGUCUGAGGGCCGAGCACAGAGACGUCUGCUGCAAACUGACUGAACUCACCUUGCAGCAGCAGCAGGAGCGAGCCGAGCUGGACGCUCUGAGGGACGCGUGCCGGGUGAAAGACACGACAGACUGUGAUAAACGGGCAGAGAGACGAGACUCUGAGGAGGGGCAGGGGGAGGAUACACAAAAGGUUGUGGAGGAAAAAGUCAACACAGAAGCUAGAAAUGCUGAAAAACAAGAGGAGGAGAGUGACACAAAAGAGGUGGAUGCUCAAGUUGUAGAUCAUGAUCCUGAGGAGGCGAAUGGAUCAGGGAGCACGCAGCUGAAAGGGAAAGGAGUGGCAGAGGGAUACCUGCGCAGUUUGGCUGCCCUGGAGAAGAAGAAAGAUGGGAGGGAUCCGAGGAGGAUUGUCAUGCUGUCUGAAAGAUCAUGGAGUCUUUCUCGUCUCCCGCUUCCAUCUGACUCCUCCAAGGAAAAUGGCACCUCAAAAAACACAAGCACAACACUGCCGCUGUGUAAGAAAGAAGAGCCGCCGAAACAAAGGAGGCUGGACCAGAUUUUGCAGCGUCAGGACAGCUGGUCCAGCUUUUACACAGGAAAACAGGAUGAGGACCAAAGCUCAGAUUUCAUCAAAUCUCAGGAUGGUUUCAGUGCUCUGCUGAGGCGUCAUGGCGGCUCCAGAAGAAACUCCCUGCUGCGCUGGUCCCAGGGUCGUACCCAAGGUUAUAAGAAUAUUGAGAUCACAAACUUCAGCAGCAGCUGGGAGGAUGGCUUGGCGUUCUGCGCCAUUUACCACACAUAUUUACCCACUCACAUCCUGUACGACACCCUCGACCCAGCAGACAAGAAGGAAAAUCUGGACCUCGCUUUUAAGACAGGAGAGAGUGUUGGGAUCACAGCCACACUGACGGUGGAGGAGAUGCUGAAGGCAGACGGGCCGGACUGGCAGAGGGUCCUGGGUUACGUCGAGAGCAUUUUCCGUCACUUUGAGAUGUGAAGUUGUUUCUCUUGUCUCUCUUGCCUGGUCCUUUUCCAUCAUUGUGACUGUGGGACUGAAACACCACCAGAGGGAGCUCUACUCGCACUGAACUCUGCAGACGGGAUUUAAAGUGUGUCAGCAAUAUUAGACUUUAUGACAUUAUUUUAUUUAUCAAUACGAUGUCCUUUGCACAGAAACAACUCGGAUGGAAGAAACUGAACCUUGGACUGUUUUUACUUUGUAUGUACUAUCUAUUCAGAUCCAAACAGCUGCUGGGUGAUAAUGCACAAUACACUGAAAGAUUUUAAACCACUACACGACUUUACUUUCACAUUUGUUACUGGGUGCACUGGUUUUGCACUGUUUGUCUUUUUUAAAAAAUAUGAGCACUUUAUGAUUGUUAACUUGCGUUAUAUUUUUAAAAGGAUGGUUUCAGAAUUUGGGCACUUAAAUUAUUUUUUAUCAUGGAGCUCUCCUGCCGUUAUACAGUGUUAUCAUGUCUGCAUGCACCCAAACCUAAAAGCCACAAACAGAGGAUGGGGGCAGACAUGAACCCAGAUUUUAUAUACUGGAAUGGUGAUCUAUAAACACUACAGUAUCUGUCGAAGAAAAAAAUGCCUUUGAGGAUAUGUAUACAUGUAAAUGUGUGCGCUUCAGUAUUUUUAAAAACAUGGUAAACAUAUGAAGAUGUUGUUGCCAAAGCCUUAUCACAAUAAUAAAGUUAUGUAUAUGGA